AUGAUGUCUAAAAUAUAAGUUGAUUUUGCUAAAACAGUAGAGGAUCCUAAUUUACCUAGACCUUGGUCAAGAAAUACUCACGGAUUAUCAGCAUUUCAAAAAAACUAUAAAAUUGAAGAACCAUUUGUCAUUAAAAAAAUAAAUGAUAAAUAACUAUAAGAAUAACUAUAUAAAUCAAUAGAACCUUAAAAAGAAUAAAAAUCUAAAAAAAUUUAAGAGUUCUUAUAAUAAAUCAAAACUAAUUAGAAACCAAUCAGGAAAUCUCUUGGAAUGAUAAUAAAAAUAAUUAAGUUGAUCAAAUAUUUGAAAAAUCGAUAAAGGAAAACCAAAAAUAUUUUUUUAUAGUUUCAUCUAAACUUUUAAACACACUUUCCUUUGAUAUCUCCAUAAAAAUUUUAUAUUUUUUCUUAAUUUCAUUACAUAAACAAUAAAUUUAUUUCCAUUUUAUUGAUUUAUAUUUGGCUAGUUUUGGUACAAAUAUUUGAUAUUUAGGCAAUCUUCUUUCUGAUUUGA